AGCCCACGGUCACACUGAUUUGUAAGCUAAAAAAAAAAAAAAAAUAAAAACGCAGAAAUAUUUUUGUGAUCGUAGCCAAAAGGGCGAAAAACUGAUGGAAAUUAGGUGCAAUAACCGCGUUCCAAUGGCAAAACGCCAUUAGGUUUUGUGUGCGACAAACGUUUUGCGUUGGAGUAUUCGUAUUCCGAUAGCUCGGCCGAUACCCCCUUGCAUCCGGAGUGUGUUUCCUCUUCUGUUGAUAUAAAUUUUUUGUUUUCAUUACGAAACCUCGGUCUGCCCGCAGGCAGGACACCGACACCGACUCCGACUCCGAUUGGGAGAUCAGGAUUCGGGCAACAACAGUAGGCACAUUCUUAUUGCAAUGGCCAUGCACUCGUAUAUGCGGACAGGCCCCAGCCAGAGUCAGACUCAAGCGAGUAGCCUGAGUCCCGACGAGAUGAACGGCUUCCUCAAAGAUAAGCAGGCGUGGGAGCAUGCCAUAUCGCUGUACCAGGGACCGGAUCCCCUCGAUCAUUGGUACAACUACAUCUGCUGGUACGAGAACCAUGCGCACAGCGAUCCGGAGCUCAAAUUCCGCGAGACCCUCGAGCGCUGUCUGACCGAGUACGAGCACAGCGACUACUACAGGCAGGACGCACGCAUGGUGCGCCUGUGGCUGAAGUACAUUGCCAUGCAAACGGAUCCGCUGCAUUUCUAUCAGGUGCUGUUCCAGCGUGGCACGGGGCGGCAAGUGGCCGCCUUUUAUAUUGGCUGGGCCAGCUACUAUGAGUCGCGGGAGGAGUUCAAGGAUGCCGAGGCUGUAUUUAACCUGGCCUUCCAGGAGAAGGCCCAAAGCAAUGCCGAGCUCCAACAUGCGCACACAAAGUUUACCUAUGCCCGAUCAUUGCAUUAUCAGCGGCAGCAACAGCAGCAGGCACAGCAGCAGGCACAACAGCCGCAACCAGAUGCCUUGCAGCAGCUGGCCAACUACACACAACAGCUGCCGCAAAGUUAUCCACCACGUCCACAGCCAUAUCAGCAGCCGCAACAGCCGCAGCACGCAUCUGUUUAUCAGCAGCAAUAUCCGCCACAACAGCCGCCGCCGCCACCGCCGGCUCAUUCUCAGGAACAGGCGGCUGCCUAUCAGACGCACUACCAGGAUCAGCCGCGCUAUGAACAGCAGCAGCAGCAGCAGCAGGUCCCACCUGCACCACCACCUGCCACAGCACAAAUACCGCAGCAGCAGCAGCCAGCCAGAGCGCACUUUCAACCACCAACACAGGAGCAGGCAUUGCCACAGGAGACCCAGCCGCAGCAGCAACAAGCAGCGCACCAGCCAGAGCCACAGCCGCAACAUAAUGGCAAUGGAAGUACCAGCAAUGCGGAAGCUGAAACUCCAUCGCCAUCUCCUGCCAACUCUGAAGUAGCCGGACUACGUUUGCCGCGCAAUUUCCAUCCAUAUGGCCGGAAUAAUCAUGAGACCUGGAAGCCAGCCCUAACGCUGGAGGAGCCCGACGAUCCGUCGCGUGUUUGUCAUUAUGCCAAGCAGCUGGUAUAUCCGCCAGGCGCUGGCAUCGAGUACAGUCCCGAGGAGAUAUUGGCCCGCAAAUACAAACAGAUGCUGGAGGGAAAGCAAAAGCCGACGGCGCAACAAGUGCAGCAGCAGCAGCAGCAGGAACAGCAGGAGCUGGAUCAACAGGAGCAGCAGACACUUUAUGAUUCCUACGAGUCGGAGGCUUCGUACUACAUGACUGCCGUGGAUGGAGCGCUCUACGGACACAACAGAGGAGACACCAGUGCAGCGGCGGCAGAGAAGGUGGCCGUAGAGGAUGCUGGGGAGAUACCAGAAGAGGAGGAAGCCGACGAUGAUGAGGACGACGAAGGUGAGCAGGAGGGGGAGGAAGAGGAGGAUACAGACUCCGAUCAGGAGGCGGAGGAGGACGACGACGAGGAAGUGGAUGAGGACAACCAGACUGAACGAUACACCAAUGGGGGCGUGCAGUUUAGUGCCCAGACAACCUUCGAACAGGAGAAUCGCUCCAUCAAGAUCAAGUUCAAGAAGGAGCGCACACUGGAGAGCAGCAGCACGUACAGUGCCUACACCAUUGAGAAUAUCUACCACCACCAGCAGCAUCAGCAACAGCAAGAGCAGCAGCAGCAUCAGCAACAGCAGCACCACCACCAGCAGCAGCAGCAUCCACAGCAGCCGCAUGUGCCGCUGGAACCACAGCCCGCCUGCUCUCCCAUACCAGCGGCGACAGCCACAGCGAGCAUACAGCGUCAGCGUAAUGGCGGCCACCAUUUCCAUCCGUAUCUGCUUGGCCAGACAUCGACGCCCAAGAGCGAGGCGAACGGCUAUCGUCGCGCGCGCACCAAGGUUAAGCGUAACAAAUUCCAGCCGGAUCUAUGCAGCAACAGCAACUCUUCCUCGGCAGCGGAUGUGGUGGGAGUGGCCGCCUCGGCCAAUGCGGCAUCGGCUGCUGUUGCUGCCGCUUCUGGUGCAGUGGAUGCAGCCACUGCCUCGGCAAGUGCCGCCCUGCCCAUACACAAUGCUACCUUCAAUGACAAUGCCAACUUCUCCUUCUCGAGUGCCACUGGGCUGGACAACUCCAACAGUUCGCUGGCCCUGGCUGUGGAUCGGCUACACUUUAGGGACACCUCGCAGGCGAAUGCCACGGGCAACAAGACGCUGCAAACGCACAACAAUAACAAUUACAACACGAACAACAAUGGCAACGCGACGACGGCACUGACGGACUUCUCCACAUUCCAGGAGAACUCGUACUUUGCCACGCAACAUGACACAGAGGCGCAGGAGCGUCGUCUAUCGAAGGCUGUGGAGACCAUAGCCCGGCAUUUGGCCAAGGAGGCCAUCGAUCCGUUCAACAGUGAACUGUGUCGCGCCUUCCUAACCAAACUGAAUUUCCCCGGCGACGAUGAUGAUCAUGCCAGCUACAAGAUCGUACAAACGCCACUGCCAAAAAUUUCCAAUACGCGCACCCUGAACGUGCUCGAGGGUGUGCAGUUCAACAUUGACAAGGAGGUGGGCCGUGGCUCGUACGGUUCGGUGUACAAGGCCACCGAUUCGCGGACAGGCAAUGUGGUGGCGCUCAAGUACCAGAAGCCGCCAAACACCUGGGAGAUUUACAUAUGUGAUCAGGUACUCAAACGCAUUACGGAGCCGGAGGUGCUGCCGGGACUGAUGGACAUUUCAACGGCCAUAAUUGCGCCAAAUGCCAGUCUGAUAGCCACAGAAUUCUCGCCCUUUGGCUCGCUGCUGGACAUCAACAACAAGAUACGCCAGGCCACCACGAAAGUGAUGCACGAGUCGCUGGUCAUGCAUUUCUCGGCGCAAAUAUGCAACAUUGUGGAUCAUUUGCAUCGCCAGCACAUCGUCCAUGCGGACAUCAAGCCGGAUAACUUUCUGCUGAUGCGUGUGCCCAGCGUGGACAGUCCGCUGCCCUCGCUGCGACUCAUUGACUUUGGUUGUGCCAUCGAUAUGUCGCUCUUUCCCGACGGCGAACACACAAAGUUCCGCAAGGUUGUGCAGACCGAUGGCUUCACCUGCAUCGAAAUGCAGGAGGGGCGACCCUGGUCAUACGAAACGGAUCUCUUUUGCAUUGCGGCCACCGUCCAUGUGAUGCUGUUCGGCGAGUAUAUGCAGCCGCAAAAGCGCGGCACCACCUGGGACAUACGCCAGAAGCUGCCGCGCUACCUCAAGAAGCAUGUCUGGUCGAAGUUCUUUGGCGAGCUGCUCAACAUGCAGGCGGACAAGCUGCCCGCGUUGCGUGAGAUGCGCGACAUCAUCGAGGAGGAGUGCUAUCGCAUGGACUCGGAGCUCCAGAAGCAGAUACGCACUCUGUCCAACAUACUGCAUCGACGAUAACCAAACAUUCGCCGUUCCCAGCUAUUAUAUUAGUUUCAUUUUCAUUUAUCCUUCCCAUGCCGGCCACCCCCUCAAGUCAAUCUAUGAAACACAUGAAAUAGGACCUACCCCAAAGCCAGUGGCAAAUUGACUGUCCACUAAAAACAUUUCCACAAACUGUUCAAAAAAAACCCUGAAAGCCCCGAGCUAAAAGUACUCCGGGCUAUGGGGCCAUUUCUGAUCCACAAUAUUUCCUAAGUUUAAAGUGUAAUAAUAACCGUUUUUUAUUUAUUAUUUCGAUGCCAAAAACCAAUCAAACGAACGCUAAACAAACAACAUUCAGACUCUGUAAAUAUUUUAGCCACAAACUCUACAGACCAAAAGGACAAAAGACUUUUGAAAUGAGUUUGUGAAACAAAACAA